GUGGAGAAGUGAAGCAAGCGGGUGAUAGGGUGUGGGGACAGACGAGGCCAGAGUGGAGGAAGGAGAGGAGACACUCGGUAGAAGCGCUGGGGAGGAGAUGAACAAGAACUUGUGGAAGGGGAGAGUGAAGAAUUAAGGUGGAGAUCGAAUCUGGGUAGCAAGGAGAGGGACCCGAGGGAAAAAGACAAGGAGACAAGGGGUGAGAAAAGAGGGCAAUCGGUCUAGGGGAGAAGAAGGGAGGGCAGAGGAAAGGAUCUGAGUCACGAAGACAGGAGGCCCACGAUGUCUGCACCUCGAGCUCAGGAGCAGCCAAGCAGGUCCGGGGAGCGGCAACCACUGGUGGCUGGAGGCCGGCGGAGUCCGCGGCGGUGGAGACGGACAGCGGCCGCCGCAGUGCUGCUGGUGGAGAUGCUGGAACGCGCUGCCUUCUUUGGUGUCACCUCCAACCUUGUGCUCUACCUCAACAGCUAUAACUUCAAUUGGCAGGGCGAGCAGGCGUCGAGGGCCACACUCCUCUUCCUGGGCGCCUCCUACCUGCUGGCUCCCGUGGGAGGCUGGCUGGCCGAUGUGUACCUGGGCCGCUAUCUCACCAUCUCGCUCAGCCUGGUGCUCUACCUGGCUGCCUCGGGCUUGUUGCUCACCACCAUCACCGAAGACGGCCGCAGAUCCUUCUGCGGAGAGAUGCCCGAGUUGCCACUGGAACCUGCCUGCCCGUCCGCAGACUCUCCAGGCUCCUGGUCCAGCCCCUACUGCGCGACCACCCUCUACUUGGUGCUGCUGCUCCUGGCGCUGGCUGCCAGCUCUGUCAGGAGCAACCUCACUUCGUUCGGGGCUGACCAGGUGAUGGACCUAGGACGGGAUGCCACCCGUCGCUUCUUCAACUGGUUUUAUUGGAGCAUCAACUUGGGUGCUGUACUGUCCCUGCUGGUGGUGGCCUUCAUUGAGCAGAACAUCAGCUUCCUGUACGGCUACAGCAUCAUCGUGGGCCUCGUGGGACUGGCGUUCUUCAUUUUCCUCUUUGCUACCCCUGUCUUCAUCACCAAGCCCCCAACAGGCAGUCAAGUGUCAUCCAUGCUGAAGCUCGCAUUCCAAAGCUGCUGUCCCCGGCACUCUUCCAGGGACUCCGAGGGUGCCCGCCUGCUGCCUGAUCAGAGGUCUCACCAGUGGGGUCCUUCUCCACAAGAAGACAUGGCCAACUUCCAGGUGCUGGUGAAGCUCCUGCCUGUGAUGGUGACGCUUGUGCCUUACUGGAUGGUGUAUUUCCAGAUGCAGUCCACCUACGUCCUGCAAGGUCUCCACCUCCAUAUCCCCAACAUCUUCCGGACCAACCCUACCAAUAGCUCUUUGGCUCUAAGAUCAGAAAACAAUAACUACAGGAUCCCAGAAGCCUGGCUCCUGCUGGCCAAUGUGGUGGUGGUGCUGAUUCUGGUCCCUGUCAAGGACCACUUGAUUGAUCCUCUGCUGCUGCGGUGCAAGCUUCUGCCCUCAGCUCUGCAGAAGAUGGCCCUGGGCAUGUUCUUUGGGUUCACCUCGAUCAUCGCGGCAGGAGUCCUGGAGAAAGAGCGCUUACGGUACAUCGCUGCCAACCAGACAGUGCCUCAGCUGAUUGGGCAGGACUUGUACUAUGCGGCACCACUGUCUAUCUGGUGGCAAAUCCCCCAGUACCUGCUCAUCGGGAUCAGUGAGAUUUUUGCCAGCAUCCCAGGUCUAGAGUUCGCCUACUCAGAAGCUCCACGCUCCAUGCAGGGCGCCAUCAUGGGCAUCUUCUUCUGUCUUUCGGGGGUAGGCUCACUGCUGGGCUCUGGCCUGGUGGCCCUACUGUCCUUGCCUGGGGGCUGGAUGUACUGCCCCAAGGAUUUCGGGAACAUCAACAACUGCCAGAUGGACCUUUACUUCUUCCUGCUAGCUGGCAUUCAGGCUGUCACGGCUGUCCUGUUUCUUUGGAUUGCCGGUCGCUAUGAGAGGACUCGUCAGGACCCAGCCUCCCAGAGCUCGUCCAACAGGGUCAGGGGCUGAAUUAGCCUCUACCCACCCGGAUAGACAGUGCCAUAGCAGUACCAGCUGUGCCCAAUCUCUUCUCAUUUAUUCUGCACCCAACAUUAGAAUGAAGUGGUUCCCAUAAAUAAGGGGCAUGCGCCCUCCCUCUUGACCAUGGUCCACGACAAGGGGUGGGGUGGAG